AUGCAGAAGCGGAGGAAGCCCGAGCCCAUCCAGCUCAACCCCGUCCCGGAUGGACACACCAUCAACGGCACUGGAGCCUCCGAAGCGAAUCUGGAGUCUCUGCAGAAGAAGCUGCAGGAGCUGGAGCUGGACGAGCAGCAGAGGAAGAGGCUGGAGGCCUUCUUCACUCAGAAGCAGAAAGUGGGAGAGCUCAAGGACGACGACUUCGACAAGAUCUGUGAGCUGGGGGCCGGCAACGGGGGCGUGGUCUUCAAGGUGUCCCACAGACCCUCCGGACUCAUCAUGGCCCGCAAGCUGAUCCACCUGGAGAUCAAACCCGCAAUCCGGAACCAGAUCAUCCGUGAGCUGCAGGUUCUGCACGAGUGUAACUCUCCGUACAUCGUGGGAUUUUACGGAGCCUUCUACAGCGACGGCGAGAUCAGCAUCUGCAUGGAACACAUGGACGGAGGAUCUUUGGACCAGUCUCUGAAGUUGGCAGGAAAGAUCCCAGAGCAGAUCCUGGGAAAAGUCAGCAUCGCGGUUCUUAAAGGCUUGUCGUAUCUGAGAGAGAAACACAAGAUCAUGCACCGAGACGUGAAACCCUCCAACAUCCUGGUGAACUCUCGAGGGGAGAUCAAACUGUGUGACUUCGGGGUCAGUGGGCAGCUCAUCGACUCCAUGGCCAACUCCUUCGUCGGAACACGCUCCUAUAUGUCUCCGGAGCGUCUGCAGGGGACACAUUACUCUGUCCAGUCCGACAUCUGGAGCAUGGGGCUGUCGCUGGUGGAGAUGGCCAUCGGGCGGUUCCCCAUCCCGCCUCCGGACGCUCAGGAGCUGGAGCAGAUCUUUGGGGUCUGUUUGGACGGAGAGGCCACAGGGAGCGAGGCCUCGUCUGUGCCCCGGCCCGGCCCUUUUUCCCACGACAGCCGGCCUCCGAUGGCGAUCUUUGAACUCCUGGACUACAUCGUCAACGAGGCGAGUCCUUUAAGUCGUUUAAUCAAGAAUCCUGCGGACAGAGCCGACCUCAAACAGCUGAUGGCGGAUCAGUUCAUUCGGAAGUCUGAGGCUGAGCAGGUGGACUUUGCCGGAUGGUUGUGCAGCACCAUCGGCCUGAACCAACCUUCGACUCCGACUCAUGGACACGUCCCAUAA